GGGCGCGACAGCAACACUUUCGGGAAUAACGUUAACGACCUGCAAUACCGCUCACCACUGAAUCCAGAGCGCACAGCAACACUCGAUUGGGAUCAUCUGACGUUCGAAGUCGGAGGUAAACAAAUUCUGAAGAAUUGCUACGGCCGCCUAUUUCCCGGCGAAGUCUGCGCGUUGAUAG